UUGGUAUCUCAGCUGUCCUCCACUUGGUUGGAGAACUGUACAUCUCUUUCUGACUCUCUCUCUCUCUCUCUCUUCCGCUCUCUUGCUCUCUGCUUCUUUCUCUUUCUUGCUCUCCCCGUCUCCUGCUCCUCCUCUCUCUUGCACACUGACCACGAUGCUGAUGUCUCCUGCUAAGCUCUUCCUGCUUGUGGUAAUGCUUCACGCCAGUGCUGGCACAGACUCGAAAUCAAUGCAAAAUCCGAACGCAGUGAAAUGUGGCGCUGCUCCAGAGCGGGGAGGGGUCCGGAACAGGUUGCGGAAGCGGAUUGUCGGAGGCAAGGAGUUCCAGCCUGGAGCGCACCCUUGGCAGGUGUCUUUGAAACGGCGUAAGAGGCAUGUUUGUGGAGGGACGAUCAUCGGAGCAAAGUGGGUGAUAACGGCUGCUCACUGCUUAUGGGACAGGAACAUCCUGUCAGUAUUGACAGUGACAGCAGGGGAGCAUCAUCUGAACAACAUGGAUAGUAAGGAGCAAACCCAGACUGUCAAACGGAUCAUUGCCCAUCCCAAGUUCAAGUCUAACUACCCUGUGGAGUUUGAUGUCGCUCUUCUGGAACUCAGUGGCAGCUUCACCUUUGAUUCCCAUGUUUAUCCGGCCUGCCUUCCUGGAGUGAAUGAUACUUUUGAGACGGGAACCACCUGCACUGCCACUGGCUGGGGGCGUCUGUCUGAGAGUGGGAAGUUAUCGAACACUCCGCGGGAAGUUGAGCUUCCCAUCGUAGACCUCCAGAGCUGCUUAAAGUUGAUUAAGCUGAUAAUAAAACAGUUCAAGGGCAAUACCCUUCUCUGCGCAGGGCUCCCCGGUGGGGGAAGGGAUGCCUGUCAGGGCGACUCUGGAGGCCCCCUGGUGUGCCGGAGUGACAGAGGGGCUUGGACCCUGGCCGGAGUCUCCUCAUGGGGCAUGGGCUGUGGUCGUGGCUGGAAGGAUAACGGGAGGAAAUCAUUCACAAAGAGAGGGACCCCCAGCAUCUUCACCAACGUGAGGUCCGUGAUACUGUGGAUUCAGCAGACCACGAACAGCGAAUUAAUACGGCACAGCAGAUCAAUCUUACCAGGGGCAGAUCUGGAGAGUCCAGAGGACAUGCGGCCUUCGGCAGACUUGCUCAAGAUGGUUAACUUUUCCACUGGAUGUACCGAUGUGAUUUUGAUGGGAUCUCAGGGGGAGAUUCGAUCACCUGAUUACAUUACCCAAUCAAGUUGCUUGUGGAGGAUUGUCGCACCGAAGAACAGAGUUAUUAAACUUGAGGUUAAAGCUUUUAACAGCAGUCUGGAUGGCAAAGAGUGCAGGAUUUCUCUCUCCGUCUUCGAUGGUGCAACUCUCACCCAAAACUUGAAGGCGACGCUGUGUGGCGGCCGACUUGCACCCCCCAUUUGGUCCAGUGGCUCAGCAUUAACUGUGGAGUUCACUGUCAGAUCCAACAGUACUUCCGGUGGUAUCUGGCUGGUUUACACCACCCAACAGCCAAAGAACAGUCAGCGAUCUCUGAUGUGAGGGAUGUGCUGCCAAAGAGAAUGUAGGGCCUGCAAUUCACAUCUGAGACAGGCCAUUCAGCCCCUCUAUUCCAGCCUACAUACAGGGCUGUUCCGUUUCUAUGUGUUUAUCCAGCUUCCCAUUACACCCACUUUUUCCACUCUCCUCGAGCUCUUCCCCUGCCCUCCCACCACGUUCAGUGUCUCUUUUGUGAAACUGAACCAUUCUAGUUCACUGUGUCUCAGGAUAGAUUCUGCAGAAUGAAGUUACUCCCCAAGACCAUCCAACCAAACCUUCUAGACCCACCCAGCAUAGGAAAUUGACAUUUGAAACUAUAAUUUUAGACAUGGAAGCAGAAUUAGGCCAUUUGGCCCAUCAAGUCUGCUCCGCCAUUCUAUCAAGGCUGAUUUGUUUUCCCCUUCAACCUCAUUCUCCGCUUUCUCCCAGUAACCUAUGACAGUCUGACUAAUCAAGAAACUAUAAUCCAGUUUAUAUAUACCCAAUGAAGUGGUCUCCAUGGCCUUCUGUGGCAAAGAAUUCCACAAAUUCACUACCCUAAAGCUUUGCAGAACAAUCAAAGCUAAAUCAAAUCGAUUUCUAGGCACAGUAAUAAUUUUAUAGUUUAAAUUUACUUAUCCAUAAGUCAGGGUAGGUCUAUUGUCUCUGCCUGCUGCUGCCUCACUGAACACAUGUCCUCCUAUCUCGAUUCCAUUCUACUCCCCUUGGUUCAGACCCUUCUCACCUACAUCCACAACACUUCAAAGGCUCUCAAUCUCCUUCGUAACUUUCAAUUCCCUGGCCCCGACUGAUUAAUUUUCACCAUAGAUAUUCAGUCCCUAUACACUUCUAUUCGCCAUCAAGAACGCCUCAAAGCUCUCUACUUCUUUCUUGACAAAAGAACCAACUAAUUCCCCUCCACUACCACCCUCCUCUGUCUGGCAGAACUGGUUCUCCCCCUCAACAAUUUUUCCUUUGGCUCCUCCCACUUCCUUCAGACUUGAGGGUAGCCAUGGGCACCUGCACAGCUAUCUAUGCCUGGCACUUAGUGACUACGUAGAACAGUCCAUGUUCCAAGCCUUCCCAGUAAUACUCCUCAACUCUUCCUGUGCUACAUUGACAACUGUAUUGGUGAUGCUUCAUGCACCUAUACUCUUGCUCAUCAAUUUCAUCAACUUUGCCUCAAUCUUCCACCCUGCCCUUAAAUUCAUAGUCUAUUUCUGACACCUCCCUCCCCUUUCUUGAUCUCUGUCUUCAUCUCUACAGACAAAAACGGUCAACUGACAUCUUUUAUAAACUUACUGAUUUCCAUGGUUACCUUUUCCCACCCCAUCUCCUAUAAAAAAUAUUAUUCCUUUUUCUCAGUUUCUUCACCUCUGCCGUAUCUGUUCCCAGGAUGAGGCUUUCCUUAGCAGCUCUUCCUUCUUCAAAGAAUGGGUUUUCCCUCCAUCCACUAUUGAUGCUGUGCUCACCCGCAUCCCCUCCAUUUCCUGAAUAUCAGCACUCACCCCACCUUACUGCUGCUUUAACAAUGAUAGCGUUACUCUUGUCCUUACCAACCAGCCCGUGAGCCUCUGCAUCCAACACUUCAUCCCCUGCAACUUCUGCCAUCUCCAAUGGGAUGCUACCAUUAAAAACAUCUUUACUUCCCCUCCCCCUCCGCUUUCUACGUGGAUUUCUCCCUCUGCAAUUCUCUCGUCCAUUCGUCCCUCCCCACUAACCCCCUUCCUGGCACUUAACCCUGCCAGCAGACGAAGUGCUAUACCUGCCCAUUCACCUCCUCUCUCACCUCCAUUCAGGUCCCUAAACCUCCUAUUCACCUCCUCUGUCACUUCCAUUCAGGGCCCUAAACCUCCUAUUCACCUCCUCUCUCACCUCCAUUCAGGACUCUAAACAGUCCUUCCAGGUGAGGUGACACUUCACCUGCGAAUCUGCUGAGAUCUUCUAUUGCGUCCUUUGCUCCCGAUGUGGCCUCCUCUACAUUGAUAAGACCCAUCAUAUAUUGAGGAACACUUCGUCAAGCACCUCCUCUCUAUUUGGCAAAAGCGGAACUUCCCAAUGGUCAAAUAUUUUAAUUCUGAUUCCUAUUCUCGUUCUGACAUUUAGUAUCAAGAUGAGGCCACCCUCAGGGUGGAAGAGCAACACCCUAUAUUCUGCCUGGGUAGCCUCCAAGCUGGUGGUAUGAAUAUUUUUUCUUCUCCCAGCAAAAAAAAUUCCCUUCCACACCCCUCUUCUUCUAUUCCCCACUCUAGCCUCUUGCCUCUUCUCACUUGCCUAUCACCUUCCCUUGGUGCCCCUCCUCCUUCCUUUUCUCCCAUGGUCCACUCUCCUCUCCUACCAGAUUCCUUCCUCUGCAGCCCUUUUACCUUUCCCACCCACCUGGCCUCACCUAUCACCUUCCAGCUUGUCCUCCUUUAUCCCCCACCUUUUUAUUCUGACAUUUUCCCCCUUCCUUUCCCGUCCUGAAGAAGGGUCUCAGCCUGAAAUGCCGGCUUUUAACUCAUUUCCGCAGAUGUUACCUGACCUAUUGAGUUCCUCCAGCAUUUUGUAUGUGUCGCUCUGGAUUUCUAGCUCUUG